UGCAAGGUUGAUGCAUUCCAUGUAUACUCAUGUAUAUGCGUCUAUCGGAUCUCCAUGACAUAACACCUAGCCCCCGCCUAUACACGAGGCACAAAACGUAGGGCAGGACAAAAAAUGACUCAACCAUAGACAAAUCCACUGACUCAAAGUCCGGUGUGGAUGGCAUUCCACGAGGCAAAUAGGCGCUAGGGCAUGGCUACUUAUCUGCAACAAAUUUUGGGUGGAUUAGCCCCCCUGCUUAACUCGACUGUCGUGGAAGUCGCCAACGCCACUUCAGCCGUUCCCCAGGCCACGAUCGAGUCCCCCCUAACUAUUCCGACCGAUCUGUCCUCCCUGAUUUCGUUGCUCUUCUCGUUUUCUGCACUACGCGACUGGUUGAAGCUAAUUGUGCUUGGUGGCUUCUUCGAAACGUGUCGCCGAGUCAUCUUUACCCAGUACGCAAAGCUCGUUAAUGCCUUCUACAUAAACGCAACCUUUGAAGAAGAUGAUCCCAGUUAUGAAUGGAUGAUAGUCUGGCUUUCAAAACAACCAUCUUGGGCAAAAGCGCGUGACAUACAAGUUAGCACUAAUACAUAUGGUGCUAAUUCCAAUACCGUCAUGCUUGACGGAGAUGAAGAUUCCGACGAAUACUCUAAGACCUCCCGCAAGUUGGCCUACUUACCUUCCGUCUCAAUGACAUACUCUAUGUGGUAUAAAAGGCGGUACAUGACCAUCACUCGUACGCUGCAAGAUACAACAGGAUCAUACUAUUCAACGAAACACAACGUCCUGCAAAUCAGUCUUAUGACUCGUAAUCACAGUCUGCUCAUCGGUCUGCUCCAAGAGGCUCGCAAUGAUUACAUGGCCGCUCAGGAACAUAAGAUGUGUGUAUGGGUUUCAGACGUGAACAACAGCUGGAGGCACGUUGGCUGCCGCGCCAAACGCAGUAUGAAUUCCAUCAUCUUGGAGCCUGGUGUGAAAGAUCUUUUGCUGGAAGACGCUCGGGACUUUUUGGAGAGCAAGAACUGGUAUGCAGAACGCGGCAUUCCAUUCCGUCGGGGUUAUCUCUUGUAUGGCGUUCCUGGUUCGGGGAAAACUUCAUUGAUUCACAGUAUCGCCGGAGAGUUGGGACUAGAUAUAUAUGUCAUUUCCCUCUCUCGCGUCGGGCUUGACGAUUCCUCCUUGGACGCGCUUAUCAACGAAUUACCUGAAAGAUGCGUGGCCCUCAUGGAAGACAUCGACGCUGCUUUUACACGGUCUCUCAAUCGAGAUGAUGAUGACGCUUCGGAUUCCGAGUCAAGUGGCUCAUCCAGCGCCAACAAAACUCCCAAAGCCACAAGUGGUGGUCCUCCACCACCGCCUAGCAGCAGGGUCAGUCUGAGUGGACUACUUAAUGCUCUAGAUGGCAUUGGCGCCCAGGAAGGAAGGAUCCUCUUCGCAACCACAAACAAGCAUACUUCCCUUGACCCCGCCCUUUGUCGACCCGGACGUAUGGAUCUCCACAUCGAGUUCAAACUAUCGAGCAAAUAUCAAGCCAGAGAACUGUUCAAGCGGUUCUACAUUCCUUCGAAUCAAGGUGAUGCUGAAGAGGAUGACGAUGAAACUGCCGACUCUGGUUAUGGAUCCACCACUCCAUCAGAAGCGACAGAUUCAACUCCGCCAUCUCCGUCUGGAUCCAAGGCAUCAGAAUCUCCCGUUUCUGAAUCUUCAUCGCUCCUGCCUGCUCCACCGGUAUUUUUCGGUAGCCGUCAUGUGGGGCGAGCUCCCAAGCUUUCUAAAAGAAGGGUUGAUGAGCUUGCUACGGCAUUUGCUGAUAUUAUUCCCGACCGGCAACUCUCGAUGGCAGCACUACAGGGCUACUUGAUGAUGCACAAAAUUAGGCCCUUCGCUGCUGUUGCAGGGGCACAGGACUGGGUUGAGAAAGAGUUGAAGGAUCGUAACAGACGAGAAAAGGAGAAGGAGACGAAGAAGGAGAAGGCUGAGCAGGAGAAGAAGGAGAAAGAAGCCAAGGAGAAGGAGGGGACGGAGAAGACUGAGCAGGAAAAGAAAGUGAAAGUCAAGGAUACCCCCAAAACACAACAGAAUUCAGGUGAAAGCGACAAAGCGAUCCAGGUAACUCCGACGUCAGCUUCAUCCUGAUAGAUGGCGCCACUAGACCCUACCAGCGGCUAGUCGUGACGGUAAUUUCCCGUGCUUAUCGCUGGUUCACUUUGGCAUCCGAAGUUAGUUCGAGCUUAGCGCCUAGGUUCAGCCAGACUUCAACAACUACUCGAGAUUCUUGGAUCCUACGUAUUCUGCGAGCGAGACCGAUGGGGAAAGGAAGGUCACUGUUAGGAUUUGAAACGGGGCAUCCUAUCUGUAAUAGUUUAUAUGUAGUUUCACUCAUACUGUAAGUUUAGGACAUUGGUCAACCAAGCGGUGUUGUUUUGUUGAUACAUGUUGAGACUGAAUGGUUUCGGCACGGCAACUGCCUCGGUGA